UGAACUCCCUGUGGCCUUUAGUUUGCAAAAGAGGAGGUGUUUCUCUAUUGUGUUUCGUGGCAGGAAGUGUUGCCUGAGACACAGACCCAGGGCAGAAAUCGCCCCUUUCAUCUCGUCAGAUCAGGCCAACUGUGUCCGGUGACAAAAUAAACAGCUUGCUUGUAGCUGCUGCUUACAGCGAAUUAAUCGAGGAGGUUGGACCCAGUUAGCCGGCUGGACGACGAUUCACCUGGUUUCACCUGAACUGUAACGGACUUCCUUCUCAACUAACAGCACCUCCACCAUGACCGCUGCUGUGAGAGGCCCUGCCAGUGUGCCUAUCCGAGGCACUGGCGAUGGCAUGGAAACGGAAAAACCGCCCGCCGUCCUGGAGGUAAACACGGAGACGCUGCCACCAGGUCUGUCUGCAGUUCCCCUUCUGAAGGUGGCUAGCCCCAAACACUGUCCCAAAUCUACCCAUCCCGCUCCCCCCCAGCCUCUCGGGGUGCUCCACCUGGGCAGGGUGAGUCGAGAGGCCUGCACGGAGGUGGAGGCUGUGAGGAUCAUCGUCCCACGUGCUGCUAUUAGCCGGCACACCCGUACAAGACCUGUUGAGGGCAAAGGGGAGGCUGGGCAACAGGCUGAGGAGCAGGGCUCUCCCCCGCUGCCUCUGGUGGAGGACUGGAGAGGUCAGCUGGAUAAGCUGCAGAACUCUGAACGCAGGCUGCUGCAGGACAAGGAAGGGCUUUCUAAUCAGCUCCGUGUGCAGACAGAGGUGAACCGUGAGCUGAAGAAACUGCUGGUGGCGUCGGUGGGUGAUGACCUUCAGUACCACUUUGAGCGUAUGUCGCGGGAGAAGAACCAGCUGAUUCUGGAGAAUGAGGCUCUAGGCCGGAGUCUGGCACACACCGCAGAGCAGCUGGAGCGAAUGAGUAUCCAGUGUGACGUUUGGAGGAGCAAGUUCCUGGCCAGCAGAGUCAUGGCAGAGGAGCUGACGAAUGCCAGAGCAGCACUGCAGAGACAGACCAGGGAGGCACAAGGAGCUAUCCAGGACCUGCUGUUAGAGAGAGAAGAGUUCUCCAGCGACAUGGUGCUCACUCACAGAUCUCUGGAGCAGCUCCUGGUGUCCCUGCAGUGGGGUAGACCGCAGACAUACUACCCCAGUGCACAGCCCCUCAGCACAGGAGAUCUGGCAGCAGCUAAUCACAAGCUAGCAGACGCCAUCAACUCCCACCUGCUGGGUAACACCAGCAGCGCGGUGAAGAGCAGCAGUGCUACGGCGGAGCAUCUCUGCAGCACUCCGGCCGAGAAGAUGGCUGAGAAGGUGCUGAAGAAUUUAGAUCCAAUUUCCUGUUCAGAAAACACAGCAGACCCGCCGCUCAGCGACUCCACCCCCCCAAACUUUCUCAGCAAUAAGAAGAGCAUCGGCAGGUUUCACCCAUAUACCCGCUAUGAGAACAUUACUUUUAACUGCUGCGAGCGCUGCACCGGAGACAUCCUGGUGCUGUAGGGGUGGAGGAGCAGCAAAAUGUCCCCAUUUGGCACCAAUGCAGCAUCAGAGCUUUUUACGAAAUGACUGAGAUCUGAACGGGAGUGUACUCUGGAGGAUAUUGCUGUUUUGUGUCAACUUCUGCUCCUUCACUCAACACCAAAACAUUAGCUUCUCCAGCAGACAUUUCUUUUGUAUCAGCUACCCAUUUUAGUGCGUUGCAUCUCUGAUCUUUGGAUUUCCACAAUUUCAGAUGUUUUUAAACUUGAUCAACCUGCUGUUUAAUUUUGCUCACUUUAACCCGAAAAAAAAAUGGAGUUUGUUCAGGGAUCAUGAUGUGAAAGUGCCGAAAACCGAAUGCAUUUUAGAGCCAUUGUAGUCUGGUUUAAACUAUGGAAAAAAGGCUAUUUAUUGUGAGGUCAAGACGAGUCAGUGUUACGUGGUGAACAGACAGCGUCUGCUUAUUCAAACUUGAAUAUAAGGCUCGUGUAUUAAGUGUUUACAUAAUCUCAUAAGUCAAUGUGCAAACAAUAGAGCAAACGGGCUGUAUUGAUACGUUUGAGUUUUGACCGGGCUGGCUGUUACGGGAACACCCUCCAGGAAGUUAACAGACAUUGAGCUAAUUGUACAGUCGCACGUGCUCUGUACCUAUGUACCCAAUUUCUCGAUAUGAUGGUGCUAUUAUAUUGAAUUAAUAUAUUUUGUACAAUGCAUGCUGUAAAGGCGUCAUAAUAUACAUUGAAUGUUUUGGAAGUGAUUGACGGUACUACAAUAGAUUAUUAUUGUACACACUUGUGUGGCGUUAGAAAAAUUGAAAGCAACAUUAAAAAAAAAAAAAAAAAAAAGUAAAAUCCAAUAACAUUUGAAAUUACUAUUUUUGUUUGUCAUUCCUUUUGGGUGAUGUUUUUGUAAUUCAUUUUAAAAAGUUUUUUUUGCCUCAUGAAAUGACGAGUAAUGUAAUUGCACAUGUCUUUUUGCAAUUUUUUAAAAACCAAGUUGUAUAAUGUUGUGGUUUACCACAUCUGUUUGGAAAAGUUUGCAUUAAUGGUGACAGUAAAAGUCACAGUGAAAGCACACCAUAACAAAUAUUUAUACAUCUUUUUUCAUCCAUGUCAGACCAAAAUAAAGACCAAAGUAGUUUCUUUAAA